ACACACCCUAUUUUUACCACCACACCUGAAGACCUAUAAACAAAACUUAACAGCCAGAAAUCCAUCAGUCAUCCAUCCGUGACUGCGGAGACCGGAUAUGCUUCUCUCGUCUUUGUCUUUUAACAACAUGUGCAACCUAAUUCUGACAGCAGGUCUCUGCUUGAUCUUCACCAGCUUGGCCUCUUCCUCCUCCAGGCUGGUAUGUUACUACAACAGCUUGGCUGAAAACAGAGAAGAGGAUGGGAAGUUCACAAUUUCUGAUAUUGAUCCGAACAAAUGUACCCAUCUGGUCUACGCAUUUUCUGACAUUAACAAUGACAAUGAGCUGGUCCCCACAAGCACAGCUGAACUACAACACUAUCUGUUCUUCAAUGGGCUAAAAUUCAGAAAUCCACAGCUCAAAACCCUGUUAGCAGUUGGUGGCAUAACCUUUAAUAAACAAAAAUUCAGUAGGAUGGUGUCGACACAACAAUACAGAACAACCUUCAUCCAGUCUGCGAUCACACUACUGAGGUUCUAUGGGUUUGAUGGGCUCAACCUGGACUGGAGGUUCCCUGUAACAAGAGGAAGUCAACCAGACAACAAGCAGAAAUUUACACUGUUGUGCCAGGAACUCAAAGAUGCCUUUGCAGCUGAAGUAACAAACACUCAGCGUGACAGAUUGAUCCUCACGGCUAGUGUCUCUGCUGAGAAAGCAGUCAUCGAUGCCAGUUACGAAGUCGCACAGAUUGCCAUGAGCCUGGACUUCAUUAAUGUGCUGACAUUUGACUUUCGUGGCCCUUGGGAAAAUGUCACGGGACAUCACAGCCCCUUAUACCUUGGAUCCCAAGAUACUGGAGACAAGAUCUACUUUAAUACUGACUCUGCCAUGCAGCACUGGUUGGACCAGGGAGCACCUGCACAGUUGCUAAACUUGGGACUAGCGGCCUAUGGGCGAGCUUUUACCCUCUCCACUGCAGCCAGUGGUGUUGGAGCACCAGCCAGUGGCACUGGUGAAGAAGGCUGCUACACUGGUGAAGAAGGAUUCUGGGCCUUUUAUGAGACUUGCCUUUACACUGAAGGGGCUACAGUCCACCAGAUUAAUGAUCAGAGAGUUCCAUAUGCAAUCACAGAAAACCAGUGGGUUGGAUUCGAUAACAAGGACAGCGUUAGUACAAAGGUCAGUUACCUAAAAGCAAAAAACUUUGGAGGAGCCUUUGUCUGGUCUCUGGACCUGGACGAUUUCAGUGGAAAAUUCUGUAACCAAGGCAACUGUCCCUUCAUCAGCCACCUGAAUACUCUCCUGGUUCAAAGUUCUCCAACUCCAAAUACCCCAAGUACAACCACAACACCCACUACCAUACCAACAACACCAACUACCACAACAACUCGCACUACUACAACUCCCAUUACCAUGAUAACAACAACAACAACUCCCACUACUACAACUCUAACUACCACAACAACUCCCACCACCACGACCACAAGUCCCACUACCACAAAAACUUCCCCUACCACAAUUCCCACUACUACUACCACAAUUCCCACUACUAUGACAACAACUCCCACUACAACAACCACAACUCCGUCUACUACAACCACAACUCCCACAACAACAACUCCUACUACCACAACAACAACUCCAACUACCACCACAACUCCCACU